AUGUAUGGAUGGGACUCGUACUUUGAAACACUGGGCUUGGCCGUUGACGGAAGAAUUGAUCUGGCCCGUGGAAUGGUGGAGAAUUUCGUGUACGAGAUCACGCACUACGGAAAGAUAUUGAACGCGAAUCGAAGUUACUACCUCACUCGAUCCCAACCGCCUUUUCUCACCGAUAUGGCCAUGAAAGUCUAUGAGAGAUUGCCCGAUGACGAAGACAAAGCAGACAAAAAGAAGUGGCUCGCGACUGCCAUUCAAGCUGCCAUCAAGGAAUAUCUCACGGUUUGGAUGUCGGAACCUCGUUAUGACCCUGAAACUGGCCUCUCUCGCUUUUACCCGACCGGUCUCGGCAUUCCACCGGAAACCGAGGCUAGUCAUUUCGACCAUGUGAUAUUGCCGUACGCAAAGAAGCUUGGGUUAAGCAUUAAGGACUAUGCCGCGAAAUAUCAGAACAACGAAAUUCACGAACCUGCGUUGGACGAGUACUUUUUGCAUGACCGUGCUGUUCGUGAAUCGGGACACGACACCACCUACCGUUUCGAGAAGAGGUGUGCCUACCUUGCCACCAUCGAUCUCAAUUCAUUACUCUACAAAUACGAAAUUGAUAUCGGCGAGAUAAUCCGGGAAAUUUACAACGAUCACUUCGAAUUGGAUGAUGGAAGCAUCGAGACCAGCGCCACUUGGUUCAAACGAGCAGAGUUGCGCAAGGAAAGGAUCGACAGGUACCUGUGGAACGAAGAGAAAGGUCUUUAUUAUGACUACAACACCGUUACUCGGCAACAAUCAGUGUACGAUUCGGUCACCGCCUUUUGGGCACUUUGGGCCGGUUGUGCCAGCCAAGAGCAGGCGGAAAAGUUGGUGAAAAUAUCCCUUCCUAAAUUUGAAGUUCUCGGCGGUCUCGUUAGCGGAACCGAAGAAUCCCGUGGUAACAUUGCGCUCGAUCGACCAAACAGACAAUGGGAUUAUCCAUUCGGAUGGGCACCUCAUCAGAUAAUGGCAUGGAGAGGUUUGGAGAACUAUGGUUUCAUGACGGAGGCCCGAAG